AUGUCGAUUCAAACAAGAGGGUUAAAAGACGAACUUGUACCACUUCAUGAAAUAAGACGCCCAAUUCCACCAGUACUAGAUCACCAGAAAAUAGAUGCUAUGGUAUCCACGCUAAAGGGUGUGCCCAUGGAAUCUGCUACAUGUAAAAUAGAGGAUAUAACAGGUGGAGAACUUCCUCCAAUUGAUGUUUUUAAAAUAAGAGAAGAAGGCAAAAAUUAUUAUUUUGCAUUUGGUGGUUGUCAUCGAUUUCAAGCUUAUGACAAAAUUAGCAAGGAAAACGGUAAGGAAGUACUUGUAAAAUGUCGAAUUCUACCAGCAACUAGGAAAACGUUGAAAAUCUACCUUGGUUCAUCGGUAGAUGAAAUGUUCAAUGAUAUCAAAUAG